UGAAAGGGCCAUUGUUUCAGCUUGAUGAUGUGAUUGAAGCACAACAGUUUGAUAGAGAGAUCUUGAGUGCUAUAUUCAAAGUGGCACGUGAAAUGGAAAUGAUUGAGAAAAAGUUACGUGCGAAUCAGAUCUUAAAAGGCUUUUUAAUGGCUACUUCGUUUUACGAGCCUUCAACGAGAAUCAGGCUUUCGUUUGAGUCAGCGAUGAAGCGGUUGGGUGGUAAAGUUUUGACAACAGAAAAUGCGCGUGACUUUUCAUCUGCUGCAAAAGGAGAGAUACAUGAAGAUUAUUGUACUGGAGGACACACUGAAGAGUACAUUGGGUAUGCACCAAAGGAAGAUAUUAAGGCUCAAGACAGACGUUCUUUUGAUCUUUUGGUGAUUAUAAACCCGAAUCUUCAAAAUAAGGGGAACAAAUCAGCACUGUUUUUCAAAGGCUGUUUGAGUGUUAUGGACAUAGAGCAAUGGUUGAAAGGUUUCUAGAUGUGGAGGUAACGGGCUUGGACCGAUACGGUCAGCCUAUGAAGGUGAGUGCUUCGGGCUGGCAGGCCCGAAUUUUACAGCAUGAGUGUGAUCAUCUAGCAGGGACUUUGUAUGUUGACAAGAUGGUUAAACGGACGUUUAGGACUUUGUAUGACUCGGGCCCGUUAGUUUAUCUAAACACUUUCGGCUCAUAAUGAGUUGUUUUGACAAAGUAUCAAUUUGGUUCAGGUCUAAACUAAAUCUUUAACGGUAU